UUCACCGAGACCUUGUCCGAAAGCGCGAGACUGUUUGUUUCGAAGCGUAAACCUUCGCAGUCGCACAUCGCUUCCAUACCGGGACUGUACGAAAAAUCUACUAAAAUGCCGUCAGAAAAAUCAGUAUACUAUCCGGAUCCUACGGUAACCAAAAACGCGUUCGUUUCGAGUUUAUCCCAAUAUAAAGAUAUGUACCAAGCGUCUAUUGAUAAUCCGGAUGAAUUUUGGGGGAAUAUUGCUAGACAAUUCCAUUGGGAAACACCUAUAGACUACGACAAAUUUUUUAGGUAUAAUUUCGAUAUAACCAAAGGACCUAUAUUCACCAAAUGGAUGGACGGAGCUACGACGAAUAUCUCUUAUAAUUUGUUGGAUAGAAAUGUAAGAAAUGGUCACGGCGACAAAGUGGCUUUUUAUUGGGAAGGUAAUCAUCCAGAAGAUUACAGUAAACUAACUUACAAAAAACUGUUAGAAGAAGUAUGUAGAUUCGCGAAUGUUCUCAAAAGCAAAGGAAUCCAAAAAGGCGAUAGGGUCGCUGUAUAUAUGCCCAUGAUAUUAGAAGCUGUGAUAACAAUGCUAGCAUGUACUAGAAUAGGAGCGAUACAUUCCCUAGUAUUUGCAGGAUUUUCAGCAGAUUCUUUUGCCGAAAGGAUAUUAGAUUGUGAAGCUAGGGUGCUAGUAACUGCGGAUGGAGCAUGGAGAGGAGAAAAAUUAUUACAUCUCAAGGCCAUUUGUGAUCAAGCUAUGAUUAAGUGUUCUCAGAAAGGUCACAAUGUGGAAAGUUGUGUCGUAGUGGCGCAUUUAGGCAGGGUAACUUCACCUCAAGGUUCUGUUUACAACAGUAAUAAGACGCCCAUGACACCAGGACGAGAUGUGUUCUGGCAAGAUGUAGUUCCUCAAGCGUCUACCAGCUGUUAUCCAGAAUGGAUGGAAGCUGAAGAUCCGCUCUUUAUGUUGUAUACCAGUGGGUCGACUGGUAAACCGAAAGGAGUAUUGCACACGACAGGAGGCUAUAUGAUAUAUGCUGCCACUACUUUCAAAUACGUUUUUGAUUACAAACCUAAUGAUGUGUAUUGGUGUACUGCCGAUAUUGGUUGGAUUACUGGACAUACUUACGUCGUCUACGGACCUUUGGCGAACGCAGCAACAUCAGUAUUGUACGAGGGGACUCCUUUUUAUCCUGAAAAUGAUCGCUUUUGGUCGGUUGUGGACAAGUAUAAAGUCAGUCAAUUUUACACAGCACCUACUGCUAUUAGAGCUUUGAUGAAAUUCGAUGAAAAUCUGGUUACAAAGCACGAUCUUUCGACGUUAAGAGUUCUGGGAUCCGUAGGAGAACCUAUCAAUCCUGAGGCCUGGUUGUGGUAUUACAGAUUCGUUGGAAGAGGAAGAUGUUCUAUUGUAGACACAUUUUGGCAGACAGAAACUGGCGGACACGUUUUGACUCCAUUACCAGGAGCCAUACCUAUGAAACCUGGAUCAGCUGCCGUGCCCUUUUUCGGAGUACAACCAGUUCUAUUGGACGAAGCAGGGAAAGAAAUAAAGGGCGAAGGUGAAGGUUACUUGGUUUUCUCACGUCCGUGGCCUAGUUUGAUGAGGACUCUCUUUAAUAAUCACGAUCGAUACGAAACGACCUAUUUCACGAAAUUCCCGGGAUAUUAUUGUACUGGAGAUGGUGCAAGAAGAGAUGCUGAUGGUUACUUAUGGGUAACGGGCCGUGUAGACGAUAUGCUAAAUGUAUCUGGUCAUCUUAUGUCCACAGCGGAAGUAGAAUCCAUCUUGACUGAACAUCCUUCGGUAGCAGAAGCUGCAGUGGUAGCUAAACCUCAUCCGGUAAAAGGAGAAUGUCUUUAUUGCUUCGUGACAACAACAGAAGGUGGCGUAUUUAACGAUCAACUCGUAAAAGAAAUUAAACAAAUUGUGAGAGAAAAGAUAGGGCCUUUUGCUCAACCUGAUAUCGUACAAAACGCACCUGCUUUACCUAAGACCAGAUCUGGUAAGAUCAUGAGGAGGAUAUUGAGAAAGAUUGCUUUGAAUGAUAGAGAUGUUGGUGAUAUUAGUACUUUAGCCGAUAGUACCGUUGUUGAAGCGUUGUUUGCUUCAAGGCCACAAGGAGUUUAAAAUGACCACAUUAUAUUAACGUGUUUAUUCUAGUCCUAGAAAAGAUGUACACAAUGGUAUUUUGAAGUAAUUCUCAUAUGAUUUAAAAAAUAUUUGUACUUGCAAUGUUUUUAAAAAAUUAUAAUUUGAUUUCUGACUUUUUUUACCCGUUUUUAUCGGGUUACAAUUAACCUAGGAGUGCUCAAACAAUUCCAAAAAUGUCCAAUUAACUAUUUUGUUUGUUAAUAGUUUCACUAUAUACGUUCCAUAAAAUUUAAUUGACUUUAACUAUCUCAAUGUUUUUAUUUUUACUUAAAUAAACUAUGACAUGAACUACCUGUUUUUGACAUACUCAUAUUGAAAUCCCAAUUUUCUUAGUAUAUAAUCUGCAUCGUUCUAAUCGCAAGCUGUAAUAACUUGGUCGUCUUCGAAAAAUAGAGUUGUUAACCAUUUAUACUCUAUCUCAAUUCCCAUUCUCGUAAUUUUGGUUUUCCAAUUACUUAGAGCUUAAAACCUUUCGAAUGCGAUAAAUUUUCCGUGAUUGAGCCAUAUAGAGUUGACAGCUUCUCAAAGCAAACUUAAUCUAAUCUCAAAGUUUAAAAGAUAAUCAAGGAGUUACUUCGACUAAACAGUCUGCGAUUAGUUAAAGAAAAAAAGCGUUAAGCAAAAUAUAAACCACAAAAAAAGAAAAUUAGAAUUGUGUAGCAGAGACAACAAUCAACUAAAGUCAAAAACAUAACCUCGAAAUGCGAAACUUUUUAUAGUGAGGACUCCUAUGAUAGUUAAUUCUCAAUAAAACUGCUCUACUUAUAUAUUAUCAAUCAAAAUAAUGUAUAAUGAUAUUAUCAUUUGAAAAUAUUUCAAGUUUUUGAGAAUUAUAUGAGAAUAACGUUUUGUUUUCUUUAAAUAAUUUUUAUACAGCCAUAAUGGCUGAAAAAUUGGCUUGUGGAACAAAUCUUCUUUCAUAGAGGUGAAGCUUGUACUAUGAAAAAAGAAGAGUUAAAGUUAUAUGUUUAAUACUCUACUUCAAGAAAAGUGUAUGAAUUAAUGUAUAAACAUAAUUUAGGUUAACUUUUUCAGUGAAUAUUUGUUGAUGGUUUUGUGUUUUUUUGUUUUUGAUAUUGUUGUGCAUUAAUGUAUUUCACAUGCUUCUCUGUCUGCCGCUGCGUGAACCAGAUCUUUUAUAUAUUCCUCAGGCCUAUCCACUCUCUUAUGUUCCUUAGCAAAGACAUUUGCUUUCCCCCGACUUCCCGUCUAUUCUACCAUCAACUAUGAGUUGAAGAAGUCGGUACUUUCGGCCUCUGACUAUGUGAUCCAAAUAAGCUGUUGUUUCCUUUUUAUAUUCAGCAGAAUUUCUCUGCCUUUUCCCAUUCUUCUCAGGAUUUCUUUAUUUCUCACUUGUCAGUCCACUCCAACUCUUCCAAUUUAUUUAUCUCUGAUUUGUCAAACGUCCAUGUUGCCAUACCAUGAAGCAAUACCCGUUCCAAUGCAGCCCCAUCUGCCAAGGUCGAUUGUGUGCAGUAAAUCCUACUAAUUGCUAUGUCAUCAAAGUAUAAAAGUUUACGAAGUGUAAGUUUAUUUUACUAUUGGAGUAGGGUAGAAAUAUAUAUUAGAACUCCUUUGAAGUGUAACCUCUUUUAUCAAAUAAUCAACUUAUUUAUAGUAAUAAUAUUUAAAUUUAAGUAUGAACCCUUUUUGGCAGAAAUUAUGAAGAAAAUUACAUCUGUAAGUAUACGUAGGGUAAAUAUAGACUAUUUAUAAACAAAUACCUUUUUUCAAAUUUUCUGUUUUGAACAAACUUAUUUAGAAGAAAUUUUGGAUUCAGGCUUUUUAGAAAGAUGGAUGCACGAGCUUACUUUGGUAACGAAAUUAUGCUGAUAGGCAAUCUUUGUCAGACUCCGAAAACGUCCUUUUUUAAAUUAUUAUCCUGUAAGUAAUUUCGAGCUUUGCAGUAUAAAAUAACAUACUUUUUUUUAACAAAGAAUAGCUUUUAAUCUAUUAUAUAUUUUCCAUUUUGCUCAAUGACCUUUUGCCAUUUUUUUCAGCUUUAUGAUUCCGCGCUGAUAAAAUUUCUAGUCUUUAUUAGCAAAAACUGAACCAGGUGCGAUUGAAGGUCAUCGUCAUUUGUGAAAGUUUGACCAUUCAAAUAAUUCUGUAAUCUUCGAAAUAAAUGGUAAUCAAAUGGUACCAGAUCAAGGCUGUAUGUAUCAGUUACCAGCCAAGCUUCAAUAAUUUACCUCGAGUUGCCAAAGAUGUGUGAGACCUUGAAUUAUCAUCAAGCCUUUCAGAUUUGACAAUUCUGGCCGAUUUUCUUUGAUUGCUUCAUCCAGUUUCAUUAAUUGUUGUACAAUAAACAUCAGAAUUGAUGAUUUGGUUCCUUGCAACACCAAACUGACAGCAUGAAAUUUUUUUUUUGUUUUUCAGCUUAAGAUGUGGUUUGUACUGGUUUUCGAACUAUGUUACUGUACAGGACCCAUUUUUCAUCGCCAUUGAUGAUUCUUUUCAAAAAAUGGUCAGUUUCAUUUUGUUUAAAAUGCAUAUCGCAAAAGAUGAUUCUUUGUGUUAAAUGAAUUUCUUUCAAUUCGUGAGGUACCCAAAUAUCAAGCUUCUUAAAGCUUACAAAAUGAAAUCCAAUCACAAGCAGGGGUUGCUGUUAUCAAAAACUCUUCUGUGGCUUUUCUUGAUGAGGUAUUUUAUUUAUUAUCGAUCACCUCAUCAAGAAAAAACCAUGAAAGAGUUUUCGAUAAGAGCAGCCCCUGCAUCUAAUGUAGAACAAAUACCAGAUGUAGUAGAGGUUCCCGCUACAUCUUGUUUUCUUUGAGGGACGGUCUCUGGUAUAUUAUUGUGAUAAAAACGUCUCUGCAAAUGUGGAGAAUGCUGUACACACUGUACACCCCCCUUAUAUGCCAUUGUAAAAAGUUAUUAGGGCACCAAGGUAAACCAGUUAUCUGUAAGAUGAUACAAGACAUUUAACAAUACUCAUAGCGUUAUUGUUUGUUAUGAAUGGACCUUCAAAUUGUUGUCCUUCAUGUAUUUCUAGAUUUAAAGUGUAAAACUUCUUCAAAUCGACCAACGAAAAAAGUUUCAGCCCAUAUUAGCCUGGUUUUGAAGAUGUAUACCGUCGAAAGCCACAUGUGUUAUGAAAACCUAGUAGAAUUUCAUUUAUAGUUGCAUUUUGUGAGUUGCUUACUCAUUUUGAGCCAGAAUUGGUCAACUCUCAAUUGAAGCAAAUCAAUUAUGUCUUUGAUUUCAGUUAUAUCUGUUUCUUUUGCAGUAUCGAUAUCUUUUGUAGUUCUGUCUAUCUCAAUGCUAUGUGUAUCGUUAUUCACAAAUAGAUUUCAGCAAUCGAUGGGAUCACUGCCUGAUUCAGAAGAUCUUUUUCCAUUCGUCUAAGACCAGAUAAAAAACUAGUAUUAUUGCUAGUGAUGUACUUGGAAUAAGAUCUACCCUCUUGAACAGUCUCCCCCUGUUAUCAGCUUUACUUUUCACGACAUCAUCUUCUAAAUCUGAUGCAUCUUCAAUUGGAGCCUCGUCAAAGGCAUGUUCCUCUCAUAUAUGCGCAGCAAUCUUCGCUGCUCGUUUUCACAAAUCAUUUCUGUAUAAAAAUAACUGAUUUAAAAGUAAAAGUUAUCACAAAAAGAAUGAAAACUGGUCGCGCGGAGACUGUGGAUGACAUUUGACAGGAGACAUGUCAUACCUAACGCGACUACAUCAGGGUUUGCAAGCGUCAGAUUGUGUUCUUCAAAUAAAAUACUAUGAGUACAAUUUGAUGAAAUUGUUAAAUUUCAAAAUUACAAAAAAUCUUGAACACACAUUAACGAAAACUACUUUUACUUUCAUUAUUAUAUGGACGUCAUUAAACAUCUGAUAACAUCGAGUUAACUUAGAAUCGAUUCCGAAUCAGUUUGUAACCAAUUUAGGAACAAAAUCAAUGUGACUCAGGAUUGGUAUUAUAAAGUCCGAUUGACCGAGAUUUGACUCAUACCCUGAUUACUCUUUGCAUCCAUCUUUUUAACCCUCGAUACUUCAAACAAAACUAUACAUCGACCUUUGACUGACACAUUCUUCCCGUCAAAUGUCAGUUAACUCGGAUUUGAUUGGUUAAAAUUGAACUUUAAGUGCAGCCAACGCAAAUUUUUCGACUGGCUGUUGAAUAACGUCCGGUUGAACAAAACCUCACAGCAUGUACGAGGGAAGCAUGAAAUGUGUGUUGUGAUCGAUUAUGAAGAAUAAAAGUUGAAAAUCCAAUACACACGGCGAGAUUCGAAGAAACUUUGUUGGUAUUAUGUGCGAGUUCUAUUGAUUUUAUUUGAAAAAAAAAUAAAAAUAAAAAUUAAGGAAUACUCUAUCAACGAUGAUUAUGCAACGUAUAAUUAUUUCGAAAUAGUUUGUAAAUAGACCGAAGUAAAAUCCUUUAGAAAUAAUAAAGAGUGAGAAAAAUAAUAGUAGGAUGAAACCAAUUGGAAAAGGAGGAGAUUAUAAUAAAAAUGAAAGGUAGAUAAUUUGCGGGCGAUCUGAGGUCGGGGAGGGAAAGGGGGUAAGUUGUUAAGGGUAAAAAACGGUUUAUUUCGAUUUUCUGCAAAACUAUGGAAAAUAAUGUGGAAGCAAAGUUGUAGGUAAUGAGAAGAUUUACAACUUUUGUAUUAUCACUUUUUUCACAUAACCUCAAAAAUCAUGUGAAAAAUUAAAAAAACCAAGUUUUUCGUUUGUAAUUAUUAUCUUUUACAAAAAACAUUUUUUUUUCGCGAAAUUUGGUGAAAAGGUACCUUUUCAUGUCUCGUAUACACUGUAAUUGAAUCAAUUUGAAAUAUUUAUUUUUUUCACGUUAUUUUGACAUAAUAUCGUAGAGGCACCCUAAUUUUCGAACGAAAAUUCUCCCAUUAAAAAAUCUGCUUUUUUUAAAAAAUUAAGUACGAUUUUUAUUCGUUGAAAUCUCUGCUUUUAGAUGAUGUAAAAAAAUAUUACCAUCACCACGGUAAACUUUCUCAGAAAAACUGGGAAAAAAUUGGGGUAAUUAUACACUUUCGCGGUCACCUGGUUUUUUGGUUAGGUUAGGUUAGGUUCGGUUCGGUUAGGUUAGGUUAUGUUAGGUUGGCUCUAGAAAAUCGAAAAAUGGAUGGAUUUUAAUGAUCUUGGUCUCAAAUUGUUCCAUUUUACGGCGGAUUUAUAAAAACAAAAUACGAAAAUUAAAAAAAAUGAAUAUUUUUUACAGUUUCAUGACUUUAAAUACAAAAAAAAAUGACUUUCUACAUAUAAUCCUUCGUAACUGUUUCUGACGUCGUGGAAUCAAGUUCGUAUAUUUUUUUUCGCAAUUUACAUAAAAAAAUGAAUAUUUUGAAAAAAAAAUAUUUCAAAAAAGUUAAUUUUUUUGAAUAAUCGUGAGUUGUGGGAUUUUGUUAAUAAUAAAUUGAAAUAUAUUGACAAAGAGUUGCAACAAUUGUGAAUUGAAUACAUUUAAAGCACUUACAAUAUUCAGUGAUACAAAACAACCUAACCUAACCUAAUCUAACUUAACCUAACCUAACCAAAAUUAUAAAAUUUAUCUAUUUUUCGAUUUUUAAUGGUCCAAAAACUAUUAACAUUGAAGAAUAUAGUACGAAACUAUUCACGAAAAUUGAUUGUUUUCCAUCGAUUUCAUUUUAAGCUAUAAAAACUGAAAAAAUCAUUCUUUUUGUAUUUUUUUUUAAAUUGUUUAUUAAUUUAUGUAGAAUACAAAAAAAAUAUAAGAACUUUAUCUGAUAAUGAGAUAAUUUUUUUGUAAAGGAUUAUUUUGCAAAACCGUUUUUUUACGAUUUAAAACAGUAAAACUAUGAGAAAUUUUCAUUCCAGCUAUUUCUACUAAUUUUUUUUAUAAAUCCGCCGUAAAAUGGAACAUUUUGAGACCAAGAUCAUUAAAAUCCAUCCAUUUUUCGAUUUUCUAGAGCCAACCUAACAUAACCUAACCUAACCGAACCAAAAAACCAGGUGACCGCGAAAGUGUCUAAUUACCAUAAUUUUUCGUAAAGGAUUAUUUUGCAAAACCGUUUUUUUUACGAUUUAAAACAGUAAAACUAUGAGAAAUUUUCAUUCCAGCUAUUUCCACUAAUUUUUUUUAUAAAUCCGCCGUAAAAUGGAACAUUUUGAGACCAAGAUCAUUAAAAUCCAUCCAUUUUUCGAUUUUCUAGAGCCAACCUAACAUAACCUAACCUAACCGAACCAAAAAACCAGGUGACCGCGAAAGUGUCUAAUUACCAUAAUUUUUCGUAAAGGAUUAUUUUGCAAAACCGUUUUUUUACGAUUUAAAACAGUAAAACUAUGAGAAAUUUUCAUUCCAGCUAUUUCCACUAAUUUUUUUUAUGAAUCCGCCGUAAAAUUGAACAUUUUGAGACCAAGAUCAUUAAAAUCCAUCCAUUUUUCGAUUUUCUAGAGCCAACCUAACCUAACCUAACCUAACCAAAAAACCAGGUGACCGCGAAAGUGUAUAAUUACCAUAAUUUUUUGUAAAGGAUUAUUUUGCAAAACCGUUUUUUUUACGAUUUAAAACAGUAAAACUAUGAGAAAUUUUCAUUCCAGCUAUUUCCACUAAUUUUUUUUAUGAAUCCGCCGUAAAAUGGAACAUUUUGAGACCAAGAUCAUUAAAAUCCAUCCAUUUUUCGAUUUUCUAGAGCCAACCUAACCUAACCUAACCUAACCAAAAAACCAGGUGACCGCGAAAGUGUAUAAUUACCAUAAUUUUUCGUAAAGGAUUAUUUUGCAAAACCGUUUUUUUACGAUUUAAAACAGUAAAACUAUGAGAAAUUUUCAUUCCAGCUAUUUUCACUAAUUUUUUUUAUAAAUCCGCCGUAAAAUGGAACAUUUUGAGACCAAGAUCAUUAAAAUCCAUCCAUUUUUCGAUUUUCUAGAGCCAACCUAACAUAACCUAACCUAACCUAACCAAAAAACCAGGUGACCGCGAAAGUGUAUAAUUACCAUAAUUUUUUGUAAAGGAUUAUUUUGCAAAACCGUUUUUUUUACGAUUUAAAACAGUAAAACUAUGAGAAAUUUUCAUUCCAGCUAUUUCCACUAAUUUUUUUUAUAAAUCCGCCGUAAAAUGGAACAUUUUGAGACCAAGAUCAUUAAAAUCCAUCCAUUUUUCGAUUUUCUAGAGCCAACCUAACAUAACCUAACCUAACCGAACCAAAAAACCAGGUGACCGCGAAAGUGUCUAAUUACCAUAAUUUUUCGUAAAGGAUUAUUUUGCAAAACCGUUUUUUUACGAUUUAAAACAGUAAAACUAUGAGAAAUUUUCAUUCCAGCUAUUUCCACUAAUUUUUUUUAUGAAUCCGCCGUAAAAUUGAACAUUUUGAGACCAAGAUCAUUAAAAUCCAUCCAUUUUUCGAUUUUCUAGAGCCAACCUAACCUAACCUAACCUAACCAAAAAACCAGGUGACCGCGAAAGUGUAUAAUUACCAUAAUUUUUUGUAAAGGAUUAUUUUGCAAAACCGUUUUUUUUACGAUUUAAAACAGUAAAACUAUGAGAAAUUUUCAUUCCAGCUAUUUCCACUAAUUUUUUUUAUGAAUCCGCCGUAAAAUUGAACAUUUUCAGACCAAGAUCAUUAAAAUCCAUCCAUUUUUCGAUUUUCUAGAGCCAACCUAACCUAACCUAACCUAACCUAACCAAAAAACCAGGUGACCGCGAAAGUGUAUAAUUACCAUAAUUUUUCGUAAAGGAUUAUUUUGCAAAACCGUUUUUUUUACGAUUUAAAACAGUAAAACUAUGAGAAAUUUUCAUUCCAGCUAUUUCCACUAAUUUUUUUUAUGAAUCCGCCGUAAAAUUGAACAUUUUCAGACCAAGAUCAUUAAAAUCCAUCCAUUUUUCGAUUUUCUAGAGCCAACCUAACCUAACCUAACCUAACCUAACCAAAAAACCAGGUGACCGCGAAAGUGUAUAAUUAUCAUAAUUUUUUGUAAAGGAUUAUUUUGCAAAACCGUUUUUUUUACGAUUUAAAACAGUAAAACUAUGAGAAAUUUUCAUUCCAGCUAUUUCUACUAAUUUUUUUUAUAAAUCCGCCGUAAAAUGGAACAUUUUGAGACCAAGAUCAUUAAAAUCCAUCCAUUUUUCGAUUUUCUAGAACCAAAAAAACCAGGUGACCGUGAAAGUGUAUAAUUACCAAAAUUGGCAUCCGAAAAUUAAUUAUGUACAAUUUUUAGAUACUUAUGAAAAUUUUACACUCCAAUUACUCAUGUUUAUCAAUGUUACAUAGAAUCUCACGUUUUUCGUGUAAUGAGAGUGAAAAAUUUUAAUGAAUAACUAAAAUACAUAAUGAUGAAAAAAAAGUUUUUUUUCUACGACCGUGCGUUUUAACCCACUUUCCCGCACGCAUUUUAGUUUUAAAAGU